AUUCUUCUUUAAGCUUCAACCUUUUAUCUUUUAAAAAAAAUUCUUCAAAGUUUGACGUGAUAAUCUAUUCGUAAAGGCACCACCGGAGCUUUAGUUUCUCAAUUUCUCAGGUUGAAAUUGAUUUAAACUGCUGUGUGCUUGAGGAAGGAGUGGUGGAGAUCUUUGUUUGAAUUAAAACAUUUGUAUCUGUUUUGAAACCCUAAGUAACUUGUUUGAUUUUUGAGUUUUUCUCUGUGUUGUUUCUCGUUGCGGUGUAUUUGCAUUCUUUGGUUAUGAUUGGGAACUGAUUGUAUUUAUGAUGGAUUUUUGUGUUGUAGGUUUUGAAUUGUGUUUGGGUUGAAUAGAAGCUGCCAAAAUGCUUUCCUUCGAAAUGAAUGAUCGCAAAAAGAUAGGGCUAGGAUUGACGGGAUUUGGAGUGUUUUUCUCAUUCUUGGGGAUCGUGUUCUUCUUUGACAAGGGACUAAUUGCCAUGGGAAAUAUCCUCUUCUUCUCAGGGGUGGCACUGACCAUUGGUCUCAAGUCAUCACUACAGUUCUUUAGUAAACGUAGUAAUUUCAAGGGAACAAUAUCAUUUGGUGUUGGCUUUUUCUUUGUUAUAAUUGGUUGGCCCAUACUGGGUAUGAUUCUUGAGGCAUAUGGAUUUGUCGUACUUUUCAGUGGUUUCUGGCCAACAUUGGCAGUUUUUCUUCAGAAGAUACCUAUUCUAGGUUGGAUCUUCCAGCAGCCCUAUAUCAGAUCGUUCUUUGACCGCUACCGUGGAAAACGUGUCCCUGUGUAGUAUCAUUUUGAAAGAUACAAAGCAAACAAGAUUGAUUAGUCCCGCUUGCACGAAUUUGUAAGAUUUUUAUAUCUAGAACAGGAUGAUAGUAAUUGUUUGUUCCUAGUUGGUUGUAUUGGCCUUUCUGUGCUGUAAAUCAGAUCAUGUACCUAGUUACCAAUAUUAUACUUUUGUUUUCUAGAUGAAAGUGGAGAAAAAAACUUGAUCUCCAGAUCUUUAAUCAAUGGUACAAAGCAAGUGUUUUACAUUCUUGCAUAUUGAAAGCAA